CCGGUUCGCUCGAUUAACCAACCUAACUCGUCCUUUCACUUGCUGUCUACUUUGACAUCUCCGCGCACACUGUCUUCCAAAUCUAGACAAUCAAUCCUGCAACAACCCUUUCACACCCUUGUAGCCUCGUUAUUCUCGCCCCCAAUUGCCACUUCUUGCCUUAAAUAUUGAUUCAUUUCUCGCAAAUCCAUUGCCCAACUGCUUCUAACACCUUUAGGCUACAGCCUCCUUUUCCAUCUUCUUGUUCUUCAACAAUGGCAAGCACUGCUUUUGCUAAUUCAGUACUUCCUUUUUCUUCUACACCUCGUAGUUCUCGACCCACUUGUAAUGCAUUUCCGCUUUCUCGAAUUUCCCUUCCCAAUUCCGGGUCUCAUUUCCUUUCUACUAAGUUGAAGGAGGAGAAGAAUUUUAGAUUUUUCACUACCUAUAGUUCUCCUGAUGCUGCAUCUGCUAAGGACCCAAAAGAAGAGGAAACUCCCAUCGAGCUAAAAUAUGCAGCCUAUCCUACUGUGAUGGACAUUAAUCAGAUACGUGAGAUUCUACCUCACCGGUUUCCAUUUCUCCUCGUGGACAGAGUGAUUGAGUACACUCCUGGGGUUUCAGCUGUUGCUAUCAAGAAUGUCACUAUAAAUGACAAUUUCUUUCCGGGACAUUUUCCUGAGAGACCAAUUAUGCCUGGUGUGCUCAUGGUUGAGGCAAUGGCACAAGUUGGUGGGUUGGUGAUGCUGCAACCAGAAGUUGGAGGGUCUCGUGACAAUUUCUUCUUUGCUGGAAUUGACAAAGUGAGAUUUAGGAAACCAGUAAUCGCAGGUGACACCUUAGUUAUGAGAAUGACACUGGUGAAGCUGCAGAAACGCUUUGGAAUAGCAAAGAUGGAAGGAAAGGCUUAUGUGGGACAGGACGUAGUUUGUGAGGGAGAGUUUUUGAUGGCUAUGGGCAGCGAAUAAUUUACUAGUUUUUAAUAUUUCUUUCAAUUACUUUGUUUCCUCCUCUACUUUUUCUUGGUCUAUUUUUUUUUUGGACUUGGGAGAGAUUGGAUUAGUCAGGGUUAUGUCAUAUUUAGGUACUUGUCAUCAAAGUUGAAUGGAAUUUUUCCAUUUUAAUUGAGUAGUGGACUCUGCAAGAUCAUCUUCGCUUAUGCAGGGUUUAUCUUUCAUUGACAUUCAGUUCUUGUAGGGCGUGUCUCGGCUGUUUCUAAUCAAAGUGACAUUUCAAUCAAGUGUUUUCAAAUGAGAAAUUCAAUUCUCAA